AUGUUUUCAUUAAAUUUAAAUAAAUCAAGAAAAUUGCUAUUCAUUAGCAAUAGUAUUAAGAAUAAUUUGUAUUUAAGAUACAACAAUUACUCAACUCAUUCGAAUACUAAGUUCAAUAUUACCGAUGGUGGUGUUGAACAUCAUCAAACUAUGAAUGAUGAAACAACCACUGGUGAUCAAAAAAAAACUGAUUCUAAAUUCAAUUUUUCUAAAAAGACAAUUGUAUCAACGAUCAUAGGUGUUACUGGAAUCACUACAUUAUUUUUAGCAACUAUUGAUUAUUAUCGGGGAAAGGUUAGUCAUCUGAAUACUAAAGCGAUUCUCUUGGAAGAUCUAAAGAAUACACAAGAUCAUUUUGCUCUACUUUUGGCAGAGCACAAUAAAACUGAGUCUCACACCAAACCAACACGAUAUGCAUCACAGAAGAAUCAGUUGAAAGAGGUGAUCGACGCUUGCUAUGUUAACGAUUGGCCAAGCAUCUACAAGACUGUUAAAUCAAAGGAAUUCAUGCUGCUCUUCAACGAAAUCAUUAACGAUUGCAACCUACAGACGGCCAUCGCAAAAGAUACCACUAUCAAAUUGGAGAGACUCGUAUUGGCAACCACGAGAAUAGAUACCGCUUUAAAUGGACUCAGAGCAAGCGACGGACGCUAUAGAGUCGACAAAAGCAUGGGUGUAGAACCACUCGACUUGAAAUUCGCUAGAGACUCGCUAAUGACAAUACUCGAUAAGUUGACUGUUGUUGGUGACAGAGUAAACAAUGAUUUGAAAUAUUCAUUCAAACUUAAAGAACAAAUUACCGAUUCACAUUGGGAGAAUGAUAUUACUGUUGAAUACAAAACACUCUUGACUUUUAUUCUUAAAAAAUAUCAACUGUGA